AUGCCCUAUUGCAGACAGGGCUCUGCGAGGAAAACGGAGACACCAGUGCACCCAGUCCCACCCACACCCACUUCCGACCCGGCCUCCCUCCCACUGGCAGAUGAGCUCCCUGAAGACUGCGUAGCCAGGGCCUUACAAAGCUUUCCUGCCGACACGGCACCAGGCCCUUCUGGGCUACGAGUGCAACACCUCCGUGAGGCGGGGCCGCCCGGCAUGGCCCACAGCACCGUGGAGCACCUGACGCAGCUGGUGAACCUGCUGGCGCAAGGACGGGCUUGCCCUGCAGUUGCGCCUGUUCUUGCCGGAGCUGGUCUGGUUGCCGUCCCAAAGCCAAACGGCGGGGUCCGGCCCAUCGCCAUCGGUGAAGUCCUCCGCCGACCCACCGCAAAAUGCUUGAUGCAAACUGCGCAAGAGGACGCCCGCCGCAUGCUCUGGCCAACCCAGCUGGGCGUGGGGGUCAAGUCUGGGGCCGAGAUUGCCAUCCACACAGUGCGGGCCUGGACCUUGCGGAGCCGGUCCGUACAAGGCAAGGUGCUAGUCAAACUGGAUUUUGCAAAUGCCUUCAACCGCAUUUCUCGGACAGCAGUGUUGGAGACGGCCGCCUCCCACUUCCCCAACAUCAGUCGCUGGGUGACUUGGUGCUACCAGCAUCCAUCCUCCCUCCGCUUCGGAACUUCCCACAUCCCUUCAGCGGGUGGUGUUCAGCAAGGCGACCCUCUCGGGCCGUUGCUAUUUGCAACAGCAAUCCAUGCUUUGACCCAAGACCUGAAAUCUGGGCCCUUGGACCUCGCCAUGUUCUACCUGGAUGACGGGGUCAUAGCGGGGAACACCGUCAAACUUCCUGUGACAGUUCUCGGCUACACCUUGCUCAAGAAACUUAGGACAGAGGCGGAGGAAGAAGAAGAACAACAUGAUUUGCAGUGCGCUUUGGAUGUCUUAGCGAAGUGGGGCUACAUUGCCAGCUCACUGCCUUUACCUCGAGGCAAACAGCCUCAGGCAGAGGCAAGGCUGAAGUUGAACAGCAUGCAGCUGAUGAGGUACUGUGCAAACCCAGACCAGUGCCUGGGUUAUGUGGAGAUCAAGUUGAUGAAGGAGACCCUCUUCACCACCACAGUUUUCGACCAUGUCCAUGGGCAGGAACCCGAGCUGAAAUGCUUGAAGUGGAAAAGGCCAAGCAUCUUGGAUAAUGCCAUUUUGCUGGAUCCACCAGGUAUCAACUACCGAGGUGAGGCAGUUCAUUGGGCUCAGGAAUCCAUGUCCUACGUGCAGAGGGUGGCUAGUGGCCGGCCAUGUGUCUUCGUGUGGUGCAUGCAUAAGGGCACAAUAGCUUUUUUUAGUUGCCGGCCAUCCCGGCCACGGCCCGGCCCGGCCACGGCCACAGCCACCCGGCCACCCGGCCACCCGGCCACCCGCCACGGGCCACACCCGCCACGCGGCCACGGGCCACACGGCCACAUGGCCACAUGGCCACACGGCCACACGGCCACACGGCCACACCCGGCCAUCCGGCCACCCGCCAGCCGGCCACCUGUCUCCUGUGUUUUUGAUGGAAUUACUGUAAUUGUUUUGAGCUUCUUAACUUUUUCGAACAACUUGCGACACGCUCCUGCAUGGUGCCUGGUGCUAUGCUCUUUUCUUUCCCAGGCAGCUUUGCAACAUGCUCUUGAUGCUAUGCGCUGA